CCUUUCGGUGAUCUUCCGUAGUAAAGCUCGUCAAAAAGAAGAUCAUAGUAAACAUAAUUCAGCGUCAGACCCGAAGUCUGUGUACCUCCAAUCGACGAUGGCAGCGAUGGCGGAGGACGAUGUACGGCUUGAAGUGGAGGCAGUGCAGUCCGUCUAUGGCGAUGAUAGCCAAAUAAUUUGCGAGUUUCCGCCGCAUCUCACAGUCCAUAUCAAGCCGCGCACAGCCGACGACUCGUCGCAGCAGUUUGUAGAAACGACCAUUGGAAUAAAAGCAAGUACCAAGUAUCCCGAGGAACCUCCUCACAUAUAUAUUACUUAUAUGAAAGGAAUGGAUGAUGGUCGCCAGGCUCAUUUGAUUACUAGCAUACGAAAAAGGGCCGAGGAACUCUCUUCAUUCCCAAUGCUUGUGGCGCUUUGUGAGGAAGCGGUGGAUCUUCUUACAAAUAUGAACCAUCCUGAAGGAGAUUGUCCUUUGUGUUUAUACCCUUUGCUUUCACAUGAUAGAUCCGGUGCUUCUUUGCCCUUUAUGAAGUUGAUGUCUUGCUAUCACUGUUUCCACUGUGAAUGCAUGAUACGUUUCUGGAUGUGGACCCAAGAUAAAAAUGAAACCAAAGAAAUGAACCAGACAUUGGAAACUGCUCCUGCGUCAGUUGAAGUUCAAAGAGAUGAUACCUCUCCAGCUCAAGCAUUCCAAGGUAGGACGAAUCAGCAGAAGGGAAAUUGUCCAGUUUGUCGUAAGGUGUUUGAUGCUAAGGAUAUUGAACAUGUUCUUGAAUAUCUUGCGGCAAACUCAUAUGUCAUGAAUCCCAUAGAAGCAGUGAUUGAUGAGGAAGAUAAAGCUGUUCUAUUCUCUGAGUUUCAGAACAACAGAAGACAAAAGUUUGAUUCCAUUGUAAAACUUCAGCAGGAAAAGAAGGGUCUUAUUGAACCCAGAAAAGACCUCAUAAUAAUGCCUGGAAUGUUUUUACCUGAAUCUGUUGAGCCUGCAACAACAUCAGCAGAAGAAAAACUUGAAGAAUGUAGUGAUCAAGCUCGCAACCAUGGCUUGUAUUUGAAUGGAGACGUCUCCAUGAAAGCUACUGCAAGUAAGCCCAAUAACUCAAACAGAAGAAGGAAGGGGAGUUUCAAAGGUAAAAUUAGUACAGAAUCCAGCAGAAAACAAUGGGUCGUGAAACCAAUUAAUACUUCAAAACAAUAACAGCUGGGUGGAUGCCGAAAAUACCAAGGUUUUUCUUUCUUAUUUUUUUCCUUUGGAGCGUUCGGAUAAGUGCGGGGGAAUAAUUUUUUCAACAGCAAGCAAGAUUUAUCAAUCUUGUGCAGUGCUGUGAUGAUUCAAAAAUGAAUACCCAAUUUCAGUUUGAAUGGAACUUAAUUUGAGCCAGAGUGAUAUUUUUUUAAAAGGUAUAUAUAGGCGUUUUGAUUGUUGUAUUUA